AUGUUUAUCUGCAUCAAGUACGGAGACAACCGACAGCUCCUGGCCAACAUCAACUGCUCGGUUUUGCUUCUCAUGCACUACCUGCGGGACAAGGUGGGGCUGCAGCAGACAGACCCCGUUGACUUGUGUGAGGAGAACGGGACCCUAAAGCUGCUGUUCCUGGUCAGGUUUCCGGAAGACAGUGCCAGCAAGUUCCUCACCCCGCGGGGAACCUAUUACAUGUGCAAAGUAGAGCGUGGUGCCCCAGGGACCAAGCACGAAAAUGGCUACCGGGCCUUCAUCCCACUAUUCAAGUACCCUUCACCAGAAUUGUUGGACUCCUUGCGCAACCAGUGCGACUUCCUCGAGAAGAGCCGCCUCAAGGCACUAAAGAGCCAAGAUGGCAAGAAGCCGCCGACCAUGGAGUCGCUCCUGUCUUGCAUGGCCAACCAGGUGGUGGGAAAAGGCACGGGGAAGGCGGGACCAAACACCUCUGGUGGCCUAGAUGAGGAGGGCUUGCCUCGGAAGACAACCGCGACUGCCAAGGCUAGGCUGGAGGCAAGCAGGAAGGACAAGCAUCGCUGA